GCUGUUUAUGCUACAGAAAAAUUGCACUUUUUUACAUUUCGAUGAGCGGGGCCUCUUCCGACCCCACAAAACCCCCUGACAAUAUCUCUGCAAACAGCUACUGAAUCACUGAUAUAUUUCUAUCCUCUGCCCGUAUUUGACAAUUUUUAUAAUUUUUGCCUCGAAAAUAUAGUUUUGUUGAUCAUUUUUCGCUUUUUAAUCUUUCUUAGACUUAAAUAAAAGCCAGUUAUUCUACCUCAAAAUGUAAAAGUUUGGUGCUUGAUGGAUAAACCAGGAACUAUGGGGUUCAGGACAAAGUUAUUUUCUCUUUGGAGGAAUCUGACUUAUUCAACUAUUGGUCGUCUGUUCCUUUUCUUCUACAUUCUCUUUCCGAUCAUCCUGAAAUUGUUUCCGAGUAUUUUCCUACACACUGUGUUCUCCUAUAAGUAUAAAGGUCCUGCUGUUUACAUGCGCCUCACGAAUCCUGAGAGAGAUUGGAAUUUUCAAGGAGCAUCGAACCAAUACAUCACAUCACAGAGUGGCAACAUUAUAGGAAUCUGGCAUGUACCUCCUCCGAAUGCUGAGAACCCUUCCCUUAGUAAAGCUGAGAAAGUAAUCAUCUACUGUCAUGGACAAUCUGGCAACAGAGCGUCGGGACAUCGGACAUUGUUUUAUAAAGUUCUAACAAAUCUCGGAUUUCAUGUCGUUACUUUUGAUUACAGUGGAUUUGGAGACUCAACAGGUUUUCCUAAUGGUCGUAACGUCGAGCUGGACACAAUAAGCGUUUAUGCUUGGACCAUAGAACAACUACAGAAAACAGACGCUAUCAUCAUCGUAUGGGGUCAUUCCUUGGGUUCGGGGAUCAUGACCUAUGCCCUUGCAGAAUUCUCAACUAAUCAGCACAUCCAACCACCACACGGUGUCGUAUUAGAGUCACCGUUUACGUCAUUAACCGAAGCCUCAAAAAGUAGCAAAGCAUUCAAACUUUUUGAUAUCAUGUACCCUCUCAUUUGGAGACGGAUUUUCAAUUCUUCGAUGGAAAAACACAAAAUAGAAUUUAACACUUUAAAAAACCUUCCUAAAUUAUCGUCAAAUAUUUUAAUUCUCCAUGCUGAGGAUGACCCGAAAGUCAACGUUCGGCUGUCACAGGAGCUGUAUGAUAACUUGAUGAGCGGCUCAAAAACUGCUGCGAAAUCGGUGCAUUUUUAUAAAAUUGCUUCCAAGUACGGUUUAGGUCAUAAUUUAGUUUAUAGUUUCAAACAUUUGAAAGAUAUCAUGACUGAUUUUACUGAUGUUUUAUCAGGAAAAGUGAUCUCUGAAAAAGUUCGGUAUCAGCAGAUAACAGUUUGAAUAAGUUGAGUUGUUUUCAUAUGUAUCUUUUCAUAUUUACACUGAUAAGGGUAGGUUUAAUUUUUAUUUUUGUGUACUGUAUGGGAACACUCAUUUAUCUUUUUACUGUUAGGGAACACUCAAUUUAUACCGCGUUUUAAAAAUAAAUAACUUUCAUUCUUGAAUACUGUUUGGAAUUUUUACCGAGUGUUUUAAGAAUGAAUAUUGGUUGUUAACUUAUGCAUCUUUACCUUUUUCAAGAAUGUAGCCAGUCCGAAAUUUGGUAGGUGGGCUUUUAUUUUUGUAUAAUGACAUCAUGCUACACUUACUUAUUUAAUACUGAUAACAAGCUAAAAAAACGUCAGGUUUUCAGUCAAUCAGGGACAAAGCAAAAGGGUGUUAAAAAGACGAUUUGUGUCUCACUGCAAAUGCCGCAAAAUUGAAUAAAAAAAAUGUUGAAAAUAUCAAGGGGGGCUGGCUUCUCAGGCCCACCCCCGGCUUUUAAUGAACAAGGUUUGGAGCAAGAUUUGAAUAUUUUUGGUUCAGGAUUGCUUCCUCGAGUUUUGGAUUUCGGAAUGUUUUUGAAACAGAAUAUAUUUCAUUAAAGUGGGUCCAUGCUUAGCAGACGAAUGUUCAAAAAUUAUUCUAAAUUGAUAGAAAAGUUGAAUUUAGUAAUACUGAAUAAUUCAGAUAACGUUAUUAUGUUCAAUUUCCUAUUUUCAAUAAUUUAAUGAAAUAUCUGAAUGUCAUCGUAUUUAUUUUUAUGAAUCACAUAUCUCUCAUUUAUAAAUUUACAAAAAUUAGACACUGAUAUGAGUGAUAUCUUUUGUCUUCUUUGCUUUUGGUCUGAAAAUGUUCCUAUCGACUCUGAAAAGGCUGGCCCCUGUGCACGGAUUGACUUUUCAUAUGCAUCUUUUCAUAUUUACACUGAUAAGAAUAGGUUUAAUUUUUAUUUUUGUAUACUGUAUGGGAACACUCAUUUAUCUUUUUACUUAUUGGGAACACUCAAUUUAUACCGCGUUUUAAAAAUAAAUUACUUUCAUUCUUGAAUACUGUUUGGAAUUUUUACCGAGUGUUUUAAGAAUGAACAUGACUCAACACAGGAAACUCACUCGGCCCGGACUUAGUGACUUGACUCACCAAACGGGAAUGGUUUGGGCACGUCUAUCUGCCUGUCGGACUUCAUCUGAUUAUCCCAACCUUCCUCGCAACCUAGUCUUUCACUCAAUAAAUAUUCAUUAAAUCUAAUACCCCCCCCAUCAGCAAAACUGAUAUUACUACAUCCACUUUAAAUUGCACUAUGUAUUUAUUUUUAUAUUUAUGCAACACAUAUUGCUUUUUUAUUAUUUAUGUAGAUUUCUGUGUGCUCUGUUUGUUUAUUAUAUUUUGAAGGUGGAAA